UUGCGCCACAUGUCAUUUUCUCUAACCCAGGGAUGUAACAAUAUUCCAUUAUAGUCGCACGAUUUGAUCUAUUUCCGCGGAACGAGGUUAAAGGUCUUUUCAACGUGCGCUUGCAGUGCAGCAGUCGGAAUUUGAAGCUAGACCAACCAACCCCUCAGACCCAAUCCAGUAAUGGCACACCCGAUGAUGGAUGGAAUCUGGUUUGAUAAGUACAAGGCGGAUGAUGCGGAGAAAGCACACCAGGAGAAGCGAGCCCAAGAUCUGGGUGGAUUGGUGGUGCAGGCCUCAAGCCCUAGCAGCCAAACAGAAUCGGCCAACAGCGGCCUUGCUGGCCAGAUUGCACGUGCACGACAGAACAUUCAAAACACACUGAACGCUGGUGUUGGUCUGGGUAUUGGUGUUACAGUCGACAGCCCUGCGCUGGCAGCACGUCUCGCAGCAGUCGAGAAAGAGAAUGCUGAACUUCGUCAAGUGACGGCAGACCUGCAAGCAGCAGUCAGCAAAUUAACGCAGAGAGUCAACGCUCUCGACAUGAAAUCCUCAGGUGCUUCUGCCCCUGUUCCAGCAAAGAAGGAAGAAGCACCGGCAGAUGACGACGAUGAUGAUGAUGAUGAUGAUGAUGAUGAUGAUGUGGAUCUGUUUGGAGAUGAUAGUGAUGACGAGGAGGAAUUGGCAAAGAUCCAAGCACAGAGGAAAGAACAAGAAGCGAAAGCUAAGAAAGGAAAGAAACAAGUCAUUGCAAAGUCCAGUAUAAUACUUGACGUAAAACCAUGGGAUGAUGAAACAGAUAUGCUCGAUGUAGAAAAAUUGGUCCGAACAAUCAAAGCUGACGGUCUUUUAUGGGGAGCAUCUAAACUGGUACCUUUGGCAUACGGCAUCAAGAAGCUUCAAAUCGGUUGCGUUGUGGAAGACGACAAGAUUGGAACAGACUUCCUUGAGGAGGAGAUCACCAAGUUUGAAGACAUGGUACAGAGUGUAGACAUCGCAGCCUUUAACAAGAUAUAAAUCCAGCAAAGACCGACGGACUAAUUGACGGCAUUCUUGCUGAUGGGUUCCAGAUCUGAAUUUAUCAUCUAUCCAAACUAAUUCCAUUAAUCUGGGGAGCAUUUUGGCAGUCAUAACCAAACAUUGGUUGGUUGUCAUUGAUUUAGUUCAACAUAAUCAGGGCUGCACUACCCAAGUUGCUAAAACAACUGAACCUGUUGGUUACGACUGCCAAAACACGAGGCUCUGUUUAACCCUUAAAGGCAUAUAUAAACAUUUGCUCCUCAUGCAGUUUGUUCAUUUCCAAUAAUAACACCACUCAAAAUCCAAAGAAGAAUGUUCAAAACCUAACCUGUUGAAAGUUUCAGCUUAGUGGAUAUUACACUUUUUGAAAACACAGUAAAACAUAUUCAACAACCUUUUGAUCAGGAAACAUGAUUUUUCUCUAUAGAACUCUUUAUUUCAAAAAAUUAGUCUAAUGACUGAUCGUUGGAAAUCACCUACAUUUAUUGGUGUCUUCUUAAUGACGGCAACCAGACGGAAUAAUUUCACAGGGUGUUUUAGUUUAGUACCAGCAUGAUCUUAAUCCAAAUGUAAAGCCUAGUUUCCAUAUGUCAUGCUGCUGGAACAUGUGUUUUAGCUCACAAGUUUCAUAAAGUAGAAUUUUUUAAUAACUGCAGAAAUGCAGAGAGCAACUGAAACGACCCAAACUGCAACGCAGACAUAUGGAAAUGUUUUAUCCACAAUUGUCACAGACAAUCCAGACGGACACAGACUAUCUCACAGACAACAGUUUCACGCACUGUCUGCGCAGUCUAAGCAGUCUGUGUAAGCUUAACAAUGAUAUGGAAACUAGGCUUCAGUUUUUUUGAUAAUAAUUUGGCAAGUUACUUUUGGGUCAUUUGCAAAUGAUCCUAUAUGCCUUUAAAUGAAUUAAGCAAAUCGGGUCAUUCUGCUCUUGGUUUGUCCACGUACUUUGAAACUUCACAUGAAUGCAAAGCUUGACUGAAUUUGACAUCAUGAAACAUUGAGGGAAAAUUGCUGCCGAUGAAUUAUAUUCGACUUUUAUAAAUUCAAUUAAGGCCAGGCCUUUACUUAUUAAUGAAUAGAUUUUUCUGUGAUUGCUUGUUUUAAAAAAAUCUUUUUCGUCAUUCUUUCUCUGGAAAAUACUUGCUAUACAUUCAUGUUUAUAAUACGCUUCUCUGCCAGUUUUGCCACUGAACUUUAAAAUAAAGUAGACUCAAUUCUUGUGCUAAAGCUGCCGUCUGUGAAUGAAACUAAUUCUGAAUUUGAGAUGAAUAAACUAUUGGAAGGAGGAAAGAUGAGAGUGACAAA